UGCUCGCUGUCUUCGUUUUUACUGGCUUCGUGCUUUGUGGUGUCGUGGAACAAAGCGCAUCUGUAGCUCUUAGAGCAAAUAGUACUUCUAGUUACUCAGCAGCAGAAUUUGCUGAAUAUGUCGAAAACACAAGUUACAUUACUCGGUACUGCCAACCGCCUUCUCAGAAAGACAAAAAUGUGCACGUGGUGAGGUCCAUACCGCACAUUGAGAUUCCAAUGACACGCACAGACAGAACUGAAUCGAUCCUCAGAGAAGCCUUCAUGUGGGGCACUCUCAUGUCACCUCUUGCAGCAAGCAGAGUAGCUGCUAGAGUAGGAGCGGAAAGACUAUUCGGUGCAGGGGUUUUGGGGGCAGGAGUACCAGCUAUUAUGGUACCUGCUUCAUGGCUAACUGGUUACCACGUUUUCAUAAGACUAAUUCAAGGUGUUUUUAUGGGUGCUACGUGGCCUGCUGCCCAUAUGUUAGCUGUGACUUGGAUCAAACCAAAACAUCUAAGUGGAUUUGUGUCACUAUAUACAGCUGUAAAUCUGGGUUAUGCGAUAGUGGGCAUACUUGGGACUCUUCUGGUGAAGCAGAUGGGACGAGAUUGGUUAAGCUAUCUUAUAGCUUCGACGACGUUUUUAUGGUAUUUUCUUUGGUGGAGGUUUGUGGAGGAAUCAUUACAGCCAAAUAGACCAAAAAGAGAUGAACACAAGAAUUUACCUUGGAGAAGACUGUUGGCUUCAAAACCAGCUUGGUGUUGCGGUAUAGCAGUAAUUGGCAGCCAGUGGGCUGAUGCUACUCUUAUGCUAGGUGUCACUAAAUACCUUAAACUUGUUUAUGGGUUUUCCAUUGGAUACGAAGAUGUUCUUCAAUAUAUGCCACACAUCGGUCACUUCGUUGCUGCAAUUGGUUUUGGAAUCGUCGUAGACCACGUUCGAGGAUCAGGCUUGAUCUCUACAACGACCGCCAGAAAAUUUUUCGUCUAUCUAUCUCAUUUUCCACCAGCUGCAUUGAUGUUCGUUCUGGGAUACACUGGCUGUGAUCCACUAGCACCUGCAGCACUGUAUAUAGCUGCGUUGGUAAUGACUGGAGCUACUCCGGCUGGAGUAUAUUCUAGUGCAGCAGACAUUGCUCCGAAUUUUGCAGGAACUGUGUUUGGUCUUUGCCAAACUGUCGGAGCUGCAGGUCUACUAGCUGCAAACUACGUAGUUUUUGAAGGACUUCAUGGAUCGUUUGCAGGAUGGUGGCGACUGAUCUUCGGUACUUCAUCGGUAGUCCUUUUAUUCACAGGAGGCUACUUUAUGAUGAUGGGCAGCGGUUCUAUUCAAGACUGGAACGCCCCAGGAAAUGUUCAACCAGAACCCGAACCAGAAGAACCUUCAAGACUUGAAUCUGUACUAGAAUAAAAGCAAUAAACUUAUUUUGAUGUUAAUAUUUUAUAUCACUGCUGUUUUAUUAUACAUUUUUAUGAUUUAGAGAUAUUUUGGCCUUUUUUCUUUAGUUGACAUUUUGUGUAAGUAUUUCAGUAGAUGUACAUUCCAAGAUUUUAGACUGGUUUUCAUUUAGGAGAGAAGAAUGAUUUUAUUCAA